CACUGAUAAGGGAACAAUUAUGUCUGUCUGUGCAGAUGCUCUCCGGAACCUGACCAUUGUGUCCUUGACAGAAGGCACAGUUGCUGAAGUUCUGGCCAAUGGCUCAUCUCUCCAAGUCCAGGAGGGUAAGUCCCUGCAUCUGGUGUGUAAAGCUGACAGCAACCCGCCCACCAGUACAAGGUGGACCCAGGGCAGCCUGACCCUGGAGUCCACAGACCCAGGGGUCCUGAAGCUGCCCCAGGUGCAACUGGAAGACCAUGGGAAAUACAUCUGCAGAGCUCAGCAGCUUGAGUCAACCUCUCUGGAAGCCUCUGUGACCCUCCAUGUGAAAAACCCCCCACAGCUGCAGGGACCCUCCUGCUCCUGGGAUGAUGGGGGUCUGCACUGCACCUGCUCCUCGAAAGCCCAGCUGACCCCCUCACUGCGCUGGUGGCUGGGGGAGGGCCUGCUGGAGGGGAACCACAGCAAUGCCUCCCACACAGUCACCUUCCACUCAGCAGAGCCCUGGGCCAACAGCUCCCUGAGUGUCCGUGGGGAGCUUACAUCCAACCUCAGGCUCCGAUGUGAGGCCCAGAACGCCCAUGGGAAGGAGACAGGGACUGUCCUGCUGCUGCCAAGUCAGGGGAGACCAGGACAUAGGACAGGAGUGAUUCAGGGGGCUGUCGGGGGAGCUGGUGCCACAGCCCUGCUGGCCGUCUGCCUGGGCUUCAUCAUACUGAGGAUCUGCAGGAAGAAAUGGGCAGAGAAGGCAGAGAGCCAGGAAGGCACCUCCCAGGGUCACCUGAAUGCACCCUCCUCCCAACACCUGCCCCCAGCACCGGCCGCCUCCCCCUCUGAGCAUGAGCUCCAUUACGCUGCUCUCAGUUUCCACAACAUGAAACCACACAACCCUCAGGCCCAGGAGACCCCGUACUCUGACGUCAAGCUCCGGAAAUGAUGGUGCACACCCACCUGCAGUAGCUGGUUGGGGAGCCCAGAGAAAGCAUCUCUGCAAAGAAGGUGUGUCAGGGUCUGAUUCUUAAACAGUUAACAGCCCUCUGAGCCAAAGGUCAUGAAUGGAAACCUGAAGUUCUUUGGAGUGGCUGAGAUUGCGGAGAUUUCUGGGUUUGAAUCCAGGCCCAACUACUUACUGAGGGUAUUCCAGGAGGCAAGUCACUUCACCUCUGUGUGCCUCAGUUUCCUGCUCUGUAACAUGGGGGAUAAUUUGAUGACCUACAUUGUUAGGUGAGAAGACAUGCACCAUUAAGGACAUUGUUAUGUGCUAAGUUCACCUCAGGAUGGAACAGAGAUGUCACUUUCGACUCUACCUCUAUCUUCUGUUUGGCUGACAACUUUUAAGAACAUGUGUUAUCUUCUUUGGGUGGAGAGGAACUUGUAUUAUUUAAAAAUAUUUCUCUUCCUAAAUGUAACUCCCUGGUAGGAGAAGAUAUUUCCCAGUACAUGUAUGUAACCAAAGGUUCAUCCAGAGUAAAUAAAGACUGUGUAAAGAUCUUCCAAAAAUCAACAAGAAAAAGGCAGACCACCCAAGAGAAAAAAACGGGAUAUGCUAAUGGACAAUAAGCACCUAGGAAGGCGGCAGGCUUCAGUAGUGGUCAGGGGACUGCAAACAGAAACUGUGGUGCUGUACCACCACACAGCCACCACACUGGGGAAAAUAAUAAAAUACCAGGUGCUGAGAACAUUGCACUGAGUGAAGAAAGAGCCAGUCACAGAAAGACAGGUACUGUGAUCCCAGCUACACACUGUAUCUGCAGCCAUUAAACUCUGAGAAACAGAGGUCACAGGGCCCCUGAGGAGGGAACAUGGGAAGUCUGUGCAGAGUUUCUGUUUUGGAAGAUGAAGAGGUUCUAGAGAAUCAUGGACAAUCACGUGGGGAGACUCAACACCACUGUGCUGUGCACUUAAAAAUAGUGAAGGAUUUUGUGUUUUUAACCACAAUAAAGAAAAGUAACAUAUAGUGGCUUCCAAGGGCCUGAGACUGGGGGACUGGGUGGGCUGUUUGUGUUGAACGGGUACAGAAUUUCAGUUCAGGAUGAAGAAGAAGUUGUAGAGGUAGAAGGUGUUGAUAGUUGCACAAAGUGAAUGUACUUAAGGCCACUAAACUGUACAUUUAAAAAUAGCUCAGGAGUAAGUUUUAUGUUGCACAUGCCUUAUAGUGAUAAAAAGUUUUCAAAGACGACCAAAUGUUCAUCGGGAUGUGGAGCUCGGAGACAGGCUGGUGGGGAGGAGACUGGGACGACCUCUUGGGAAACACUGAGCAUACAAGCCAGCAGUUCCACUCCGGGGGUCUGCCCUAACACAGAUGUGUGCAAAUGCUCCUGAAAUGUGCACCUGGAGGUCCCCAGCAGCACUCCCUGUGAGGGCUGAGCAAGGCAACCUCCCCGAAUUUUCAUCAACGGGUCCACAUAGUGCAGAUUAUUUACACAGUGGAAGAAGCAAAUAAGAACUCCACACCAUGUGUGUGAAUCCUACCUCCACAUUAUGUUGAGGAGGGAACCCAGACACAGAGUAUGCACUGUGUGAUACUGUUGACAUGAGGUUCAGAAGCAGGCAAAACUCAUCUUUGGGCCCUGGCUGGUGUAGCUCAGUGGAUUGUGCAUGGGCUACAAACCAAAGGGUUGCCAGUUUGAUUCCCAAUCAGGGCACAUGGGUUGCAGGUGAGGCCAGGUCCCCAGUAGGAGGCGUGCAGGAGGCAACCACACAUUGAUGUUUC